AUGGCUGAAUCUUGGACACCGCCUGCCCAUGGAACCCCGUGUUGGAUCAAUCUCUUCGCUACUGACGUGCUUCGAGCUCGGAAGUUCUACGAAGAGGUGUUUGGGUGGAAGUUUCGAGACUCCAUUACAACAAUGGACGGACGAGAAGAAGACCCUAAUGAAAUCGUACAUUUCAGUCUCGGGCCUACCUCACCCGGCGGGGGCAUCACUAAGGUCCAAGCGGAGGACUUUCUGCGAACUCAGGGAAAGGGUAGUCCAGUCAUCUAUCUCAUGGUAGACGAGUUGAAAAGUACCAUAGAGAAGGUAGUCGCUGCUGGAGGCAAGAAGAUGACCGAGGCAGAGCCAGAGGGAACUCGAGCAUACAUGCAACACUAUGAGGAUACGGAAGGCAAUUACGGCGGUUUGUACAUGCUCAAGAAGGAUUUCCGCUAA